AGGUCCUGCUCUUCCCAGGAAGCUGAGAUCCACAAGCUGCAGAAGAGUUUCCAAGCACUCUGUCAGCUGAGACAUUAUACUGGGCAUCAUGAACGUCAAUGAUUUUGUAAUUCUCCCAGGCUCAAAAUCUGGAACCUCAGUGAGAUUAAAAACAAAAACUGUCAAGGAAUUGCAGUUGGAGAAAGCACAGUUAGAAACAGAAAACAAGGAGAUGGAGAAGAGAUUACGGCAGCUGCAGACAAACAUGAGCAGGGAAAAGGAAGAGAGGAGGAAGUUAGGUGCUUAUCAUUGGAAAUCUGGGCAGGCAGGACCAAGGAUGACCCAAGCCCGAGCUGUGGCACAAAAUAACGAAAACAGGAAGAAGGUUUCUCCAGAAAAAGUGAAGUUCCAAGUACUCAAGGAACAGAGUCAAGGGCCAGUGAAAAAACCAGUGAAGUCUGAAAGAGAUGUUGUAGCUCAUGAAAAAUUGGGAGUGAAGGGGAUGGCCUGUGGAACACCUGAAAUUAAGGGUGGGGCUCUGGAACCAGUCUCAGAAUCAACCUGUGCAAGCCUUGGAAAGCUUGGAAACAAAGGAUUGUUGUGGAGUGGUGCCUUUGAUGAGGAGGCAUCUGCAAAGUCUUUUCAGGAAGCUUUGCUUCAGUGGAGAAAAGAUCAGAGUGAUCCUGGAGGAGAACCGUGUGCCAGUGGGGUCCCAUCAGAACCUGUGGGGAUUUGUGAGGUGCAGACAAAUGUUACUGCUCUGAAGGAGCCCAUCCAUGUGGAAUUCCAGAAGGAUGGCCUGAGCUACAUGGAGAAACUCCUGCUGAAGAAAUACAGGAGGACACCUGUUGAUCAAUUUUUUGCAAGUUGCAUGAAAGAUUCAAGGCCUGUGCAAGCCCUGAGUGUCCAUCAGGCUGGAGGAGGGGGACAAGGAGAUGAUGAUGAUGAUGACAUUGAGGAGUUAACAGAUGAAGAGGUGAAGAAAUACUGGGCAUCUGUUUAUAGAGGUGAAGAAUCCAACACUGUUUGUGCAAAUGCUGAGUCAUCUUUGAAAAUUGAGUUCCUUGAUGAUUCUCACAGCAAAGACUUGGAAGAAUCUUCAGACUCUCCAGUGGUUCAAACUGGAGCUGUGGGGAUGAGUAAGCAAGGAAAAACUGACCCACUGGAGUGUGAAAGCAAUCCUGUUUCUCCUAAAGAAACUUUUCAAGAAAACCUGAUUGUCUGCAGUGAUCUUGAAAUAAAUGCAGUGCAGGAGGAGAGUAUUGAACCAAAGGUUGGGAGAAGAUCACAGAGCUCCUGUGACCCUCCUGAGAUCUCUGCCCCCACUGAAGGAGGGAGCAAAGAUCUCAUUGGGACUGAGCUGAAGAGCAGCAGAGAUCUCCUGGAGACAGAACUGCAGCACAGCAGGAGAGAGCCACAAGAACCAGGCAGUGCCUGCAAUACUCAGAGUUUGGUCUUGCCUGUAAUUACAAAAUCUUCAGCAUUACAGGAGGUAGCCAAAAGACAGAAAUGUGGUUCUACAUCAUAUCAAGGACUUGAAGGUUUCUUUGUUAUAGGAACAAACCUUAAACAGGGAAACCUGGAGGAACCUUCUUCCCUGGCUGCUUCCUCCAGCCCUAGGGAGAGGAGAAUCCCUUCUCCAGGAGAUGGGCAGUGGGUUUCUGAAAGGAGCUUAGGUGAAUAUGCUGAUGAUUCUAUAGUUCAAGGUGUCUUGGAAAGUCAACUGAACAGGGCUGCAAAUACUUUCCAGGCUCAAAAUCAACUUUCUUCUCUGAUGGCAGCAUGGAUGCCAUGGCCAGGCCCUGAAAAUCAUUCCAAGUUAACUUGUGAAGAUGGAACCUCCUCCAGCAGAGCCUGGGAGAAGAUCUUUGGAAAUGCAGAUUUCCAGGACACCCUGGAGCUGAAAGACCACGAAAAAUUUGAUAUUUUUGGGGACUGGGAGGAAAGCCAAAUGGAUGAUGAGGAAACAAUUCUGGAGGACAAACAGCAGGUUCUGGCAUUGCAGUGAACAUGGAAAACUCAGCUCUCCACCUUUGUGUUGUUCAGAACCAAGAAGAUCCAGGAGGUGUUUUAAGUGCUGCUCAAGACAUCAUUUACAAAGGAAUAUUCUGUAAACUUGUCAUUAAAACUUCUUGAAAAUACCUUGAUUUGGCUUGUUUUUUGUUUUUGCUAUGAAGAAAUAACAGAAUAAAAGAAAACUGCUCUUGUGCUGCAGUUUAGUUAGGAUUGUUUUAUUUGUUAUUUUUAAUUCAAUGUAAGUUCUCUCGCCUGCAGGUGGAAUUUUGUGUCUCCAAAUGUUGUUUUAUGUUGCCAAGCUGGAAAGUGCCACACCAGGGGCAUUAAUGGGAUAAAUUUGGGGCCUCUGUAUGAUCAGGUUUGUGGUGAGAAGCACAGGGGGAGUCUCUAAGGUCAAGUACACUUUGUCAGAUGUUUUAGAAGGGACUUGCACCUUACAGAAUAGAAUUUCACAGCUUCCCACUGUACAUUCAACUUCUCCUGCCACACUCCUUUCUUCCUGACUCCAGCAGGGAGCCCAGCCCAGCAGCAAACUGCUGCUCAGAAUCAAUUGGGAGUGAAUUCCCUUUCCUUCCCUGCUCCAAAAUUCCAGUUCAAAGCGAUCUGUGUCCAGGCAAAUCCAGCUGUGCUGUAAGUUACUGCCUUACAGGCCUUUGAUAAUUAAAAGAACAAAGAGGAAAUGCAGUUAAAAUCAUCCUGGGUGGUUUUAAUUUUAACAAACAGCCCCAACUGUCCUUUUGAACUUGCUGUAUGUGUGUUGUAUAAAAAGCUUUAUUCUUCCUGCUCCCCAGAAAGUGUAAGGUUUAAUGCAAUUAGUAUAAUUUCUGUAAAAGGUCAUUUGGUUGAUGUGGUGCUUUGAUGUAAAGAGGGUUUGGGGACUUUCUGCUCUCUUGUUGAGGAGAUGCUUAAUUGUACCCAGUAAUUGAGUGGCUUUGAAAUUACCUAAAUGGUAUCUUUUGCUAACAUCUGUAGGAUUCUCAGACACAGCAUUAAAAUAAUCUUUCCCUUCAUGUGCCUUUUUCCUUCUUUCUUUCCUCCACUGUGGUCUUUAAGGAAAAUUUCCUCCUUCUCCCUUAGUUUAGAUAAUAAAGGUGUAUCAAAAACAA